AUGGGAUCACAAGCGCCUUUCCCGUCCACUGUCAUAGUCAUCGGCGCAGGUGUGUUCGGGCUAUCGACAUCCUUGGCCCUUGCGAAGAGAUAUCCUGCGACCAAAGUCAUCGUUGUCGAUCGUCUUACACCUCCCGUCGAAGAUGGAACCAGUGUUGACACAACACGAUGCAUUCGCUCAGACUACGUUGACCCUAUUUAUGCACGAUUAGCAAAGGAGGCUCAGAAGAAGAUCCAGGAAGACCCGGAUCUGAGUCGUUUUCUCUUUCAGCAAGGCAUGACAUUUGCCUGUGACGGCCAACCGAGUCGGUUUACCAAGAUAUGGCAAUCGACACUAGAGAAGGCGAAGACCUUGUCAGGCCACGAGAACAUCGUUGAGCAACAGACCCGCGAGAAAGUGUACCAGCGUAUCCAUGGAGAAGGCUCGCAGCCUGUACCAGCUUCAGAGCUCGAAGGAGGAUCGAAAUGGAAUCAAGCUUAUUGCAAUCUCUCAGCUGCUUUCAUUGACGCCAAAGAGUGCAUACAAAUCUAUUAUGAUCGUUGCAUGAAAACUCCGUCCAUCAGCUUCCGAUGUGGCCUUGCUGUGGAUCGCAUCAUGGUCGUUGACAACCGUUCUCAGGGAGUCGUUUUGGAGGACGGCGCCACCAUACCUGGGGAUAUGGUUAUUGUCGCGGCGGGUGCGUGGUCGAACAAGCUUGUUUAUCUCGGCAAUCGUCUUGUGCCCAUCGGACAUGAAGUCGCCUGGAUCAAAGUAACUGAGGAAGAGCAGAGACGCUGGAAGAACAUGUCCAUCUCGACGAAUCUCAGCACUGGCCUGAAUAUGUUCCCACCAUACCGUGGUGAGAUCAAAAUCCUGCGUCGGUCGCCCGGAUACAAGAACACUGUCACUGUAGCGCAUCCAGAGGAUUCGACAAAGCAAAUCAGCAUUUCCUGGCCUCGAACGAUGGUCAGUAAUCCCACUGAUACUAUUCCUGCUGAUGCCGAAGCUGCAAUGAGAGCGAAUUUGCGGGAAAUCAUGCCCGACCUGGCAGGCAGGCCAUUCGAUCGGUCGAAGAUAUGCUGGAUCAGCACAACGCCCACGGGUGACUUCCUCAUUGCUCCUCAUCCCUCCAUUGCCGGCAUUCAUCUCGCAACGGGUGGCUCUGCGCACGCGUGGAAAUUCUUGCCUACAAUCGGCGAUCUCGUUGUUGAUUCAAUGGAAGGGUCUCUUCCACAAGAGCUGGUAGACAAGUGGGCCUUUCGCAAAGAGUCCAAGGGCAAGGAUGAGAGUAGUCCUCGAAUGGAUGGGGAUCCUGAAGAACUUGGCGACGUAGUUCGCCACCACCUGUAA